ACUACACCUACUAUUUAUUACAAUCUCCUAAGUCCUACCACGCCUAUAUUACUCCUUUCUUUUAGUACACCACAAUAAUCACAAUUAUUGUCACAAGCAAAGCAUAAAAAGCAAACUUUCCCAUCACUUAUUCAUUUGUCUAUACAUCUUUCUUUCAUAUACUCCCACAUUAAUCCUUCAAAAAAAAAAAAAAAACAUUGUUUCAAUGAAUUCCAAAAAACUUGUGGAUUUUCAACUUUCUUUUUUCUCCUCCUCCUUCUUAUUGAUCUUAUUAUUAGGGUUUUCGAGGGCGAAUGUUGAUAAAGACAGGGAAGAAUGUACUAACCAACUCGUCGGUCUAGCCACGUGUCUUCCUUAUGUUAGCGGAGAAGCCAGAGCUCCCACACCGGAUUGUUGUACCGGUUUAAAAGAAGUGUUAGACAAGAGCAAAAUAUGUCUUUGUAUUUUGGUUAAAGAUAGAAAUGAUCCUAGCCUUGGCCUUAAGAUCAAUGCUACACUUGCACUAAGCCUUCCUUCUCUAUGUCAUGCUCCACCUAAUAUGUCUAAUGUAACUAUGUGCACCGAUUUGUUACACUUGGCACCAAAUUCACCUGAGGCUAAGGUUUUCCAAGAUUUUGCAAAGAGUGCAAAAGGAAGUCCUGCAGCUCCAUCUACACCAGUUAGUGGAAACACUAGUGGAAAACCAGCAAAUGCAUCAGCAAAUGAAAAGAAUGAUGGAGGGAAUAGAAGGAGAUGGAUGGGAUUUAUGGAAAUGACUAUGAGCUUUUUAGUCAUUUUGGUGCUUUCAUAUCUCACCUAAUUUUUUAACACAUAAUUAUUGUUUUUCUCAUAUUGUACUUUUUACCUUUUUGUGUGAUGCUGGCUUUUAUUAGUGUGACUUUUUUUUUUGUUGUUGUAAUCUUCAAUUCUUUUGAUUAUGUUUUUGUUUUAGAGUUGUCAAAAACAAAAAAUAUAUUUGCUAUGAAAAGUUGAAUUUAUAUUUU